AUGCCUAGAUUCUCAGUUGCCUUUGCCAGGCGGAAGAGCACCGCAGACGACAUCGAAAAUGCCGAGGUAACACCACCUGGACAGUCUUCGUUUAGAGUCUUGGAACGACACGAUUAUUCGGGCGUUAAAUCGUUUGACGGAGGGGCGAAGAUGGCCAGAUCCACUGGAUCUCUACUUCCCAAGCCUGACUAUCAAGCAGAUGAUAACAUGUUUUCUGAUAUGAAGGCUAACCGUGGAAGUGGCUUGUCCAACAACACCACGAACACCACGUCUACCGAUACGUCUUCACGCCACAGUAAUGCAUCGACAGCCCCGUCGUCGGCCGACUUUAGUGGAGGCAACUUGUUCCACGAUGACCAUCGAAAUGGACCACCCAAGAGUUCAUCAUCGGAUAUGCAUGGCCGUGGGAAUUCCAACAAAUCCAUCGGAUCCAAAUUCUUAGACCGGGCUGGCCGUACCUUUUCGUUUGGUGGGCAAAAGAAGCAUACCAUCCCCCCACCGCUGGAGGACCCUCUAAUGCCGGACUUGCCGCCGCCUAUGCCUAUCAUGGCUGAACCAGGACGCACUGGAUCUAGAGGUACGACUACAUAUACGCAGGCCCCAACCAUUCCCCGCAAGCCAGCUCCCCGUAAUACCAAUGUUUUAGACCUUGGUAGUGACUUUGGAUCAAUGUUUUCAGGAUCAGGUUUCGAAAAGAGAGCAAGCAUGGCCACGCUUAAGAACGACGACUUGGCUUCUCCCCGGCUCCUCACAGGCAACCCUCAGGGCCACCAGCCGUUUCCGCGCAGCCCAGACGCGGCCACACCAUCCGAGCCGUUGCUCAAUUCAUGGAAUACGCCCAAAUCUAAUGUGAUUGUCGAUGACUACUCAUCGGACAAGAGCGCCUCACCAACCUACGAUAGCCCCCCGCGAGUUCCAGCCCAUUCAUCCCCGCGGUAUCACCCAGAUGAGUCACAGGAUGACGAGGAUGCGCAGCUCCUGCAAGAAACUUACACUGCCAUCCAGCUCCUUUCGGCCGAAGAUGAUGAGUUUGAUGAAAACCCACAACAGGGGCGAUACCGGCGGGAGGAGGAUAGCUUUACGGCGGUUCCACGGGCCAAGACUGCUCCCAUCGCCAACUCUGGAAAGAAUGGAGACGGCAUGCAGGAUGCUAACAGGCCUCGAUUCCCGAAGCCGAACAUUCGAUAUGCCCCCCCUGAUGGUGCACCUCGGAACAAGGUGAUGACCCCAGCUGAAUUCGAAAAAUACCGGGAGGACAAGAUUCGCCAUGAUAGAUCGAACAGCACCGCAAAGGAUGAUGAGGAAGAGGAGAUCAACUACGAGGAUGAAGAAGAUGAGGCUGAAAAGUCUAAGCAGCAGGCAAAGCAGAGACGGAAGCAGGAGGCUCACAUGGCUGUGUACCGACAGCAGAUGAUGAAGGUUACUGGCGAAACCACUCCAACAAAUGGUUUGGGCAUCCCGGUUUCAAUGAGCGCACCACAGCUCGGGCAUGUAAAGACGCCCUCGCUUGACCCAGCGGCAGCGCCUCCGCCCAUGCUGGCACCUGCAACUGCGGUGUCUGGCGCCUCUGAUGAGGGCGAUGAUGAUGAGGAGAUCCCGCUUGCCAUUUUGCAGGCGCAUGGGUUUCCCAACAAGAAUCGACCCCCCACCAGGCUCAGCACAAUGGGAUCAAACCCUAACAUGCGAGCCUCAGCAAUGCUCAUGCCAGGGCGCCCAUCGUCAGCUAUGGGAGAAUCUGCUGCUUCCCGACGCCACUCCACCCUCCCAGCCUUUGCACGAAACUUGCCCCAGGACCCGUUUAUUGGAGCGAGCAUUGCCCAGCCUGCCCUUCGGGAGUCCUUAUCAUUCAAUGAUAUGGGCCUGGGCCCUAAGCCGCCUUCUCCGCUGCCUCCCGGAGGUCUUGUUGGCGUAAUUGCCAGCGAGGAGCGACAGAGAGCCAUGCGACGUGGAAGCCCAAGCGUCGACCCUUCGAGACUAAUGGGCAGUGGCUUCUCUACUCCUGUAGGAGUCGACCCUGCUGCCGGGAUUCCCCCGCACAUGAUGUACCCCCAGGGUCAGAUGGGAGGCAUGGGAGGCAUGGGAGGUGGAAUGCCUGGCAUGAUGCCCCCCAUGAUGCAGCCGCCGAUGAUUAGCGCUGGCGACCAAGCUCAGCUCCAGAUGACGCAGCAAAUGUCGCAGUUUAUGCAGAUGCAGAUGCAAUUCAUGCAAAUGAUGGCUGCGAAUCAAAACGGCGGCGUGCCACAGCAGCAGGCGCCGCAGCUGCAGCCACCUUUCCAGCAGCCCUAUGGCGGGUUGAUGGGCAAUCAAUCUAUGGUUGACAUUUCUUCUCGUGCCUCCAUGAUGGGCGACCAGACUCUGGAACCUCGCCGUGGCGAUUACGGCAGUAUGCGGACGAUGAGCAUGGUUCAGCCCAGCUCAGCGCCGAUGGCUCAUCCUGGAUACGCUGGAUCUAUUCGAUCAUCUAUCCAUGGUUAUACGCCGUCAAUUGCACCGUCAGAAAGAAGCAACAUUGGCCUCCCCAACCGUUACAGACCCGUUUCGCAGGCUGUGGCCCCUGCCGGACUUGGUCAUAUACCUUCGCAGUCUUUCUCAAGUUCCCUGUCCGUGUUGGCUGACAACAAGAACCGGACGUCGAUGAGGAUUGUAAACAAGUCGGCUUCCGAUGACGAUGACGACGACGAAGAGGGCUGGGAGGCGAUGAAGAACAAGAGAGAAAAGAAGAGGUCUCUCUGGAGAAGCAAAAAGAACUUGAGCUCAGUGAUCUGA